AUGGCCCCCGGAGCGCUCGCUGCGCAUCCCCUCCAGGGCGGCAUCCGCGGAUUGUGGCGGCACCCACAACGGUCCAGGCCGCCGUUCGCAUCAGAUCAAAGGUCGAGAAUCGGCGGACCGGGAAAGGCCACGGGGCGGCGGGGUGUGGAUCCCGGCCAGGCGAAGGAGAUGGACGGGCCGCCGUUUUGCAUACCGGCGGAUGGAGUGUUCUGCGACAACUGCAGUUGGAUGAACGGAACCUGCCUAGAUGGGGAGUGUGAAGGUCUGCACAUAUCUAAGGAGGAUAGAGCUGCACAGAGGCAGUGGCCAGAACUGCCAUCUGGGGCGGCUCAAUUGAUCAUUGCUGCUGGUCCCGAGCGUUCAGGUAGCACUUGGCUAUUCAACGCCGUGCGCUUGUUGUUCAAGAGUGCACACCAGCCACUCGAUGCUUUCUGGAUAAGCACUCUCACAGACACCAAACUGGACAUGAGAGGCGUGGGCAGUAGCCAGCAUUCCCAUGUUCUAAUAAAAACCCACCAAUGGAGCAACUUGUGGACAGUGGAACGGGCAUCCCAUGUGUUUGUGACACACAGGGAUCUGAGGGGGGUGGUGGCUUCAUACAGGCGAGUGGGAUGGGCGCAUACGAUCCCCGAUUCGUAUGUGGAGGACCACCUCAAGUGGAAGGCCAUUGCACACAAGGAUUUUGCCUUUGAGAGAAUCGUUCACAGCGGGAUCCAAGAGCUGGAAGCGCUCGCUGCAGCUCUGGGCAUCGUGAAUUUGGUUGACAUCCAUUCCGUUAACGAGGAGCUCAAGGCACUUCGACCGCCCAUGUCAGGGGCGCCCCACCCCAUCACCAAGCUCUGGCCUCGCCACAUGAGCCCAUCUGUACUGCGGACGUUAGAAAACCCCCAGGGGAGCAAGGCUUCCGUCGCCGGGAGCCAGGACAUCGACAUGACAGAGGAAGGCAGUCUGUGCAAGAGGUUUCCAGGAUACAUGAAAGACUAUGGAUACAUGUGA